GACGCAAUACCAGGUUGUACGAAGUCGUGGAGGGGAUUGUGGGUUUACAUGGCGGCGCCCGUUUGAGUCAUGUUGAAUAAUGUCCUACCGACCUUAUUCUCACUAAUAUGAAAUAGUAGAAUGACAUGCAUACACGAAACAUGUGGAAUCUAGUUCGCAAACUCCAAAGUAACAGGACAUUGAAAUAUGGGAUCCCGAUGCUGCUGCUGGUUGUCGGAGGGUCGUUUGGAUUGAGAGAGUUCACUCAGAUUAGAUAUGAUGCACAGCGGAUAAAAAAGAAGCUGGACCCUGCUCUGGAAGCCCGGGUGAACACUAAAAACCAGUCGACCAUCCUUCACGAUGAGUAUGAGAAAUUAAAGGAUUUGGACUUGGAUGGAUGGAAGAACAUUCGUGGCCCACGUCCCUGGGAGGAUUCGAAGGAGCACCAGGAGCAGCAGAGAGCUCAGCUCAGUAAAAACACAUAGAACUCUAAAAUCUUAAACUCCCCCUGCUGGCCCACACAUGAAAGACACCCUUAAAAACAGUGCAGUGGACCAUAAAUUGGCAUGAUCAUCAUAUUAUAUCUAGAUCGGGAACUACCAGUUUUGACUGUACUGUGUCGUCCUUUUUGGAAAUAUAUGUCCUUUUGCACUUGUGUGACUGGGUAUGCGUGUAUCUGCCCACUUUGGUGCUCAUUUAUUUUUAUGGCAUCAGGAAGGUUGUAACCAUUUUUCCGUGUCAGUUCACAUUGACAGUAAUGCAAAACUCAAGCUCCAGUACUGCAUCUGAGUGAAAAAAAACAAUUGUUCUUUCAGUGGUGCGAACAGAAUCAAUGGUGCCUGUGCACAUGGUGGGUGAAUGGUACAGUCUAAAUGAGUGACCUUCUGCACACCUGUGCUGGAUCAGCCUACUGCUCACUGUACAUCUAAUUCCAGGCAGAAUAUGGUCAUCAGCAGUUUGGACAUUUGUCUUUUCUGAAACAACCGCUUUCUUGAUGAGUUUAUUUAGGCUGUUGAUGUCUAGCAGUGUCUCUCUGGGUUCCUGAGUGAGUGAAAAGCUAACAUUUUAAUUAAAAAUAUAAGACAAAAUUAAUCAAAACAAUCUGAAACUGUCAUUAUAGCUUGAAAUCAAUAGAAUAGAUUCUUUGUGUUAAUAUUAAUAAUAUUAAUUGUAUUGCUUUUCAGGACAAUGGUAUAAUACAAAACUAUAACAACAA